CGAAUCUCUCCUCCCAGCGGUCAUUCCUACGCGCAAUGCACCGCAGUUUGCGGCCCAUCUCUCCAUUCAACACAACACCAUCAUGGAGUAUCUUCCAAGCCUGCAGUCGCAGGUUGAUGACUUGAAGCCAUCACUUUUCGAACUUCUCUCCGAACAACAACUGGCCGCGCUCCUUCCACCAUCAAUCCGUUAUCUCCUUGCCAUCUCCACCCAUCGAUACCCGCGAUACCUACUCCCCGUCCUCAAUUCAUUCGAUGAAGUCUACGCGCUGGUCAUGCUCCUGGUGGAGCGACAUUUCCUGCGUACAUAUGGAGGUUCAUUCACAGAGAACUUCUAUGGCAUGAAACGAGCCCGUGUGCUGCGUACAAAAGGAGGAGAGAUACCCAGAGCACAGCUCGGAGCCUCAGACAGCGUGCGCGACGCCGUGAAACUACGAAACAGUGAUGUUUGGAAGAACUUGGCGGUGAUGGUGGCAUUGCCUUGGUUGAAGAGGAAGUUGGACGAGAGUUACGACAUCCACGCCGCCCAUUCCGAUAUAUUGGGCUCUGGAUACAAUCGCGAACGCGAUGCGUUACCCCCGGGCGCAAGCAUGAAGCAGCGAUUGAUGUUUUUCUACAAGUGGUUCUUGAGGAAGGUGUAUCCAAGCGUGAAUGCAGCAUACUAUUUCAGUCUGCUUGUGUUUAACAUGGCAUACCUCUUUGAUGGGUCGAAAUACCAUUCGCCUUUCCUCUGGAUGAUAGGGACAAGGAUACGAAGAUUAGGACCAGCAGAUUACCAAGCUAUCGAAAUAGCUACACAACCAGCAAAGAUCCUACCAGGCCGACCAGGAGAGGGAGGCUCCCUAUUCAGCCCAAGGGUCAUGGCGCGAGCAGUCGGUCCCAAAUUAAUGGGAUCUAUGAGGAUACUUUUACCCACAAGUAUCUUCGCCCUGAAAUUCCUAGAAUGGUGGCACGCAUCAGACUUCGCACGUCAGCUGUCAAGGAGAGCAGCGGAAAACAUUGAACUGCCUCCUCCAGUCUUGCCAAAUCUAUUGUCAAGGCCCCCGAAACAGUCUAAAACAGAAGCUGGGGAGAAGCCAGCAUCAGAAAAGCGCCCUGGCUCUUCCUCUUCCGAUAAGCAGAAGCGGAUAGACCCUCCGAUCUCCUCAAAGACACUCCUUCCAAUCCUCACUGUUGCGCACCCAAUACCCGAGACAUCUCAUCUCUGCCCAAUUUGCAGCCAGCCGAUAGUCACACCGACAGCCUCGCCCACCGGCUUUGUCUACUGCUACACGUGCAUACACCGAUGGGUUGAGGGAACCCACGACCGCCAGGUCGCAUUCAUGGAGGGUUCCGCGGGUUUCAAAUCGGGCUCGCCGGAAGACGAAGACGAAGAGGAUGACGAUUGGUCCAAAGAAGAGGGCAGCCGAGAGGGACGAUGGGAAUCAGGAAAGGGCAGAGACGCAAUCACCGGCCGACGUAUCCUCGGCGGAACAGAGGUCUUGCGAAGAGUCGUUGUGUAGAGCCUUCGGGAUUGCUGUUGUAUUAGUAUUUGGUUUGCAUAUCAGAGAGGACUGCAUCAUGCAUGUUAUUAUACGGAGGAGAUAUUGGACGGCCAAGUCAAAAUCUUGAGCUUAUUUGAAUCUAGCGCGCAGCAGAGUUAUAUAUCUAUUAUAC